UAGCAGAACCGCCCAGAGACAGAUCCUCCGGAGGCUAAGAAAGGAAUCCUGCGCCCAGGUCCUAUCUGUUUACUUUUCUGUCUGUCUCCCACCUGCAUUCAGGAUCCAGAGCCUGAGGACAGACCAGGAGCUUUAGCUAUGGCCAUUUUCAUUACAUUGUCCCUAUUUAGUGUCCUGGUGACAGGCAUGGCCGAAGGUGGAGCUGGGAGUGAGAAAGGAGUUGAGAGGGACUGUAACCCAGGCCUGACUCCCCCCUGUCCCUCUGUAUCUCCCAGUGCCCAGCCCGGGUCACACCCUGGCCAGAGCCAGCUGUUUGCAGACCUGAGCCGAGAGGAGCUGACGGCCGUGAUGAACUUUCUGACCCAGCGGCUGGGGCCUGGGCUGGUGGAUGCAGCCCAGGCCCAGCCCUCAGACAACUGUGUCUUCACAGUGGAGCUGCAGCUGCCCCCCAAGGCUGCGGCCCUGGCCCACCUGGACAGGGGGAAGGCCCCACCUGCCCGGGAGGCACUGGCCAUCGUCUUCUUUGGUGGACAACCCCAGCCCAACGUGAGUGAGCUGGUGGUGGGGCCGCUGCCUCACCCCUCCUACAUGCGGGACGUGACCGUGGAGCGUCAUGGAGGCCCCCUGCCCUAUCACCGACGCCCCGUGCUGGCCCGAGAGUACCUGGACAUAGACCAGAUGAUCUUCGACAGAGAGCUGCCCCAGGCGGCUGGUCUCCUCCACCACUGUUGCUUCUACAAACGCCAAGGAAGGAAUCUGGUGACAAUGACCACAGCCCCACGUGGUCUGCAGUCAGGGGACCGGGCAACCUGGUUUGGCCUCUACUACAACAUUUCAGGGGCUGGGUUUUUCCUGCACCCUGUGGGGUUGGAGCUGCUGGUAGACCACAAGGCCCUGGACCCUGCCCACUGGACCAUCCAGAAGGUGUUCUAUCAAGGCCGCUACUAUGAGAGUCUGGCCCAGCUGGAGGACCAGUUUGAGGCCGGCCUGGUGAAUGCGGUGUUGAUCCCAGACAAUGGCACAGGUGGGUCCUGGUCCCUGAAGCCCCAGGUGCCCCCAGGUCCGGCUCCCCCUCUGCAGUUCCAUCCCCAGGGCCCCCGCUUCAGUGUCCAGGGGCGUCGAGUGGCCUCCUCAUUGUGGACUUUCUCCUUUGGCCUUGGAGCUUUCAGUGGCCCAAGGAUCUUUGACGUCCGCUUCCAGGGAGAACGGCUGGCUUAUGAGAUCAGCCUUCAAGAGGCCUUGGCCAUCUAUGGGGGCAAUUCUCCUUCUGCUCUACGAAGCCGGUACACAGAUGGUGGCUUUGGCCUGGGCCACUUCUCUACGCCUCUGACCCGUGGGGUGGACUGCCCCUACCUGGCCACCUAUGUGGACUGGCACUUCCUUUUGGAGUCCCAAGCCCCCAAGACACUGCACGAUGCCUUUUGUGUGUUUGAACAGAACCAGGGCCUCCCCCUGAGGAGACACCACUCAGAUUUACACUCCCACUAUUUUGGGGGCCUUGCAGAGACAGUGCUGGUCAUCAGAUCUGUGUCUACUAUGCUCAACUACGACUAUGUGUGGGAUAUGGUCUUCCACCCCAAUGGGGCCGUAGAAGUCAGACUCCAUGCCACGGGCUACAUCAGCUCAACAUUCCUCUUUGGUGCUGGCCGGAGAUAUGGGAACCAAGUUGGGCAGCACACAUUGGGCACGGUCCACACGCACAGUGCACACUUCAAGGUGGAUCUGGAUGUAGCAGGACAGGAGAACUGGGUCUGGGCCGAGGACAUGGCCUUUGUUCCCACGGCUGUGCCCUGGAGCCCCGAGCACCAGAUACAGAGGUUGCAGGUGACCCGGAAGCUGCUGCAGACAGAGGACCAGGCCUCCUUCCCCAUGGGAGGGGCCAUCCCUCGCUACCUGUACCUGGCCAGCAACCACAGCAACAAGUGGGGUCACCCGCGGGGCUACCGCAUCCAGAUGCUCAGCUUUGCCGGGGAGCCGCUGCCCCAGAACAGCUCCGUGGAGAGAGCCCUCAGCUGGGGGAGGUACCAGCUGGCUGUGACCCAGCGGAAAGAGGAGGAGCCCAGUAGCACCAGCAUCUACAAUCUGAAUGACCCUUGGACACCCACUGUGGACUUCACUGACUUCAUCAACAAUGAGACCGUUGCAGGGCGGGACUUGGUGGCCUGGGUGACAGCUGGAUUUCUGCACAUCCCACACUCAGAGGACAUUCCCAACACGGUGACUGUGGGCAACGGCGUGGGCUUCUUCCUCCGACCCUACAACUUCUUUGAUGAGGACCCCUCCUUUUCCUCCGCUGACUCCAUCUACUUCCAGGGGGACCAGGAUGCUGGGGCCUGUGAGGUCAAUCCCUUGGCUUGCCUGCCGCAGGCUGCUGCCUGUGCCCCCGACCUUCCUGCCUUCUCCCACGGGGGCUUCUGUCACAGCUAGGUGGUCCCUGGGUUGGGGAAUCUGGCCAAGGGCUCCAGGGCAGACUGAGAGGGGUAGGAGCAGCUGGGCACUGGGUGGGCAGCCUGGUUCCCUCUUCUCCUUCCUCCCACCCCUGAUGUCUGUCCAUCCCCCUGGGCCUUGAGGUCCCCUCUCUUCCGUUGCCCUCCCUUGAACCCCACCUUGGAGCCAGGAGCAUCCUGAGCCUGUGAUGCCUGACACAGGGGCACUCAGGUUCCUGGCUCCCAGCUGUGCUGAGUCCCCGUCCCAGAGAGGGGAGGACGGCCUGGCCAGGAGCCUGGGGGCAUGGCCAGGCUUUUCCCCAGAUGACUCCUAUUUUUAGACUCCUAUUGUUAGAAAAAAAAUUUUCUAACAAUUUUUUUUUAAAAAAGAGACAUAAUUUACAUACCAUAAAAUGUACCUUUUAAAGUGCACACUCUAAUGAUUUUAGUAUAUUCACAAAGUUGUGCAACCAUUGCCACUAAUUCCAGAAC